GGAAACAGCCAGUCGCAUUAGAGACGAGGGGCUAGCGGUCUGUUAGCUGUUAGCUGAGAGAGAAGUCAACAUGUUUUUCGGUUUAUAUAAGAUAUUUAACAGUAAAAUGAGACUUUUACUGUCCAUUAUUCUGUAAUUAAAGCCACUGUGGGGUUAUAUCAGUGGGAGCUGUGUUAUAUAUCGCUUACUAAAGCCUGUUAGAUAACUGUUCUGUACCUGUUAGGUGCCCAGUUGUGUUGAGCUUUAGCUUUAGCUCAGGCUAAGUCAGCGUUAUUUAAUAAACACGGUUGGUGGGGUUUAGUAAAGAUGGUGAAAAGCUGACCGGGUGAGGGAGAGUCGUGUCGCUGGCAGAGAACUGUUGGCUGACUGAAGAGCAGACAGACGCUGCUGCUGGCUAACGUUAAUCCUGUGGAGGGAGAAUGGCGGGGGAUGCGAACAGUAUUCCUGAGCUGGAGCAGGAAAAAUACGACGCAGACGAGCAGGUGAAGAUUAUCUGCCUCGGAGACAGUGCAGUCGGGAAAUCCAAGUUAAUGGAAAGGUUCCUUAUGGAUGGAUAUCGACCUCAGCAGCUGUCAACCUACGCCCUGACUCUGUACAAGUACACCACCACCAUCAAUGGGAAACCUAUUCUAGUUGAUUUCUGGGACACAGCUGGCCAAGAACGAUUUCAAAGCAUGCACCCCUCUUACUACCACAAAGCGCAUGCUUGUAUAAUGGUCUUUGAUGUCCAGAGGAAAGUAACAUAUAAGAAUCUUUCCAACUGGUAUAAAGAGCUGCGAGAAUACAGACCAGAAAUUCCAUGCCUUGUGGUGGCGAACAAAAUAGAUGCUGACAUGAGGGUGACGCAGAAGAGCUUUAACUUUGCUAAGAAGCUGGGACUACCGUUCUACUUUGUAUCUGCUGCUGAUGGCACCAAUGUGGUCAAGGUUUUUAAAGAUGCGAUUAACAUGGCUUUGUCCUACAAAAAGAACUCCAGUGACUUUAUGGAUGAAGUUAUGAGAGAACUGGAGAACUUUGAACUGGAGAGCAAAGAAGACUCUUCAUCGGAUAAAGAGGAAGAAUGUAAAGAGGGGAAAACGGAUUGAUGACCAUCUCUCGCUGCUUGUGACAGUAACUCUCAUGCUGAAUGUUGACCAGAAUGUCUUGUCUUUGUAUUGCUGUUAAAAUCAUGGCUGCUCAUGCUCUGUCCUGAAGACAAGGUUAAUCCACUUGGGACAAAGUUCUACCUCACAUAUAUAAAGAGCUUUUUAAUGAAUAGUGUCAAACUGAAGGACACAUGUUGGAAGUGCAGUGAGGCAUUUAUAUUUCCCAGACAAUGAAACUUCUGGAAGGGUGAGUUGGCAGCAUGGUGUAAAUUCACACUGUGUGUGUAUAUCUGUAAAUAUACAGGUGUGAAGAAAGGUUCUGCUGUAGAAUGGACAUUUUCCCCAUUUGUAAAAUCAUAGUGGGACAUCUCAGUAACUGUUAAUAUUUUGCAUUUAUCUUUAUCUGAUACUGUGAGAAGCAACAGUAGACAUCUACUGUAUUUAUACAAGUGGCAGUUCAGGUGCUACAUAUGGUUCUUUGAGUAAUGCCAUAGAAGAACCUCUCUUUUGUUUUCAUAGAGAUCCACGUUUGUAAUAAAAGGUUUAAAAGCAAAAAGAUUCUUUACCAGAAUAAAGGUUUAAACAGCUGUUUAUGAAGCCAAAAGUGUUUUUUCUAUGUCAUUACUCAAAGAACACUUUGUAGCACCUUUAUUUAUUUCAAAUAUUUAGUGAAGCCCCUCAUGGCCCCAUCUUGCCAGGUAAUUGGAUGAGAUGCACGUGUUUUUAUACAGCUUUUUAAAAUAGCAUGUGGUAGACAGUGGUAGAUUUUAAUGUAUUUGGUCCAGCAACAGAAAGUGUUCAAUAUUAAAACAACUUUACGAUGUCCAGUGUAUCAUUCUGCUCAAACUGUGAAUAGGAAUUAUCAUUUGUAUCUGUAAUGUCCUGUGAUGCAUAAGCACUACAUUCGUCCAUAUACGUCUCUGAAAAAUACAGAACCAGAAUCUUUGGGCUGGGAAUGAAAGUACUAGAUGCAUUAGACUGGCAAACCAUUUCAGCUUUAGCUGUUUAUUCAAUGAGCCUUUAAUGUCAAUGUGGAAGCAUUUAUAUGUUCUUCAAUUAAACACAUUUUUUAUUUAA